CUUUCUUCUCUGCCUUUGAAACUUUCCUUCCAGACCAUCGGACCUAGCCUCUCGACCAGAUUUUAAAGAAGAGCUUACCGGAAGACGUUAUCAAGGUUCCACACUUAUUUGAGUAAUUUGAGUUCAGCUUCCAUCAGAUACUAAGGGUAAGGCCAAGGCCUAGGAAGGCGAUGAGAGAGUGGGACGCGUGCCAAGAUGAGUUAACGGGAACGACCUUGGUGGCUCCUAGCUAGUUCAUUUUAUCGAAGUGUUUCAGUUUUAUAACAAGUGAUUGAUAUUAUUUGAUUUGGUUUUGGAGUAUUUAUUUGGAUUAUUUGAAGUUUGAAUAAAUUCCUGGAUCCAGGUGGUUAUCACAUUUGCUAGUGAUAACUAGACUUUAUUGAGUUUUUUUUAUUUGGAGUUAAAUUUUAGCUACAUUUGAGAUUUUAUCAGGGUUAUUUCUUAAACAAACGGCCGUUAUAUUGCACUUUAUUUUUUUAUAAAAGUAGUAUGCUAGUGUAGCGUUUCCUUUAACCCUGAGAGGGGCGUUACAAGUUUGGUAUCAGAGCCCAGGUUGUCCCGUAACUUCACCUGUCACCGUACACGUGCUCAUCAUCUUCCAAGUGCCUCACGAAAAUGAGGAGAACCCGUGGUCGUCCAGUAGGUGGCAGCAAUGCUCAAGGAAGCAGUAAUGAGCAAGGAAACAACCACGAGCAAGAUUUGGCAGGUAUUGUAGCGCAACUUCAGAGGCAAUUGCAGGAGCAGCAACAAACUAUCGACCGAUUGACCGCGAACAAUCAAAGGGGCGGUGGUGAAGGAGGAAAUGCUGGUAAUAAUCAAGGCGUGGGAAACGGAGCACCGAGGCGAGAACCCCUGAUGAUCACUUGGAGGAAGAUCAAGCCCGCAGAUUUUGAGGGGGGUCCCGACCCUCUAGCUGCUCAGGGAUGGCUGAAGACCAUUGAAGGCAUUGCGAAUGGUUUGGAAUUAGCAGAUAAUGACAAGGUUCGAUGCGCGUCUUAUAGCCUCACCAUGGAUGCUCGAAUAUGGUGGGAGACUGUGGAAACAAGGUAUAACGUUGCGCAGAUGACAUGGGAGCAGUUCAAAGAGGAGUUCACCAACCAGUAUUUCAAUGCUAGUGUCACACGUAAGUACCAGGAUGAGCUUCAGAAUCUACGUCAGGGAACCAUGGAUGUAGCAACCUUGGCGACACAAUUUCAGAGACUACUACGUAUUUGCCCUACAGCUGCUCCGACAGAGAGGGAUAAGGUGAAGUUGUUCCUGAAAGCCCUUAGGAAGGAUAUAGCAGUUCACUUGGAGAACGGUAACCAGACCCCGGCUACAUUAGUUGACUGUGUCCUUAUAGCGAGUCAAAAGGAGUACUACCUCCCUACCGAUCCAGUGCCCGCUCAGUCGCAGCCUGUGCCAUUGCAGCCACAGAAUCAGCCACAGGGAUACACGAGUAACUCGAAGAAUAACAAGAAGAGAAGUUUUAAAAGCAGUAACGGCAAGGGAGCUGGACAUCAUCAGGAGCGACAAAAUAAACAGAUGAAGUUUCCGCAGUGUGCGAAUUGUGGCCGUAAUCAUCCAGGACAAUGCAGAUUGGGUUCGAGAGCUUGCUUCACUUGUGGCCUUGAGGGCCAUAUGUUCAGAGACUGUCCAAGAAAGAAUCAGCAAGGCUACCAGAUCACUCAGAUGCCGAGGAAUCCAGCACCUUCAGCGGUCGUCCAUAAUAUGCAGGCUUAUCUAGAAGGACCAUCCAUCCAGCAGGGACGCCUUGAGGCACCACCAGAGGCCCCGGUUGCUAGAGUGUUCACCAUCUCCAAGGAAGAGGCAUCUAUAAAUCCCGGAGUUGUCACAGGUCAGAUACUUGUUCUAAACAGAUAUGCUAAUGUGUUAUUUGACACAGGAGCCACACAUUCCUUUGUAUCUCUUGAGUUUGCUAGACCCUUAGCAACAUGUCAAGAUAAGUUAGAUUAUAAGUUCACCACAGCACUUCCGUCGGGAGAGAUCAUGUUGUCAACUCAUUGGCUACGAGCAGUGCCAAUGAGUAUUGCGGAAAGAGAGUUAUUUGUAGAUCUGAUUGUGCUCAACAUGAAGGAUUAUGAUGUGAUUCUCGGCAUGGAUUUUUUGCAGAAGUAUAACGCUUCAAUUAUAUGCCGAAAGAGAAUUGUUAGUUUUGUGCCUGCAGGGUCUGAUCCUUUCUUAUUUCUUGGGGAACCAAAAAGAUCAGGGAAGGUGAUGAUUUCAGCAUUGCAAGCAGGGAGACUGAUUCGAGGUGGAUGUGAAGCUUUCUUAGCUCACGUAGUAGACAAAAACUCAGGGGAACCUAUGCAGCUUUCUGAAGUUCCCGUUGUGGAAGGUUACAGUGAUGUAUUCCCCGAAGAUCUUUCAGGAUUACCACCCAGUAGAGAGAUUGAGUUCGAGAUUGAGUUGCUGCCCGGUACCGCACCGAUUUCCAGAGCACCGUAUCGAAUGGCCCCAGCAGAGUUACAAGAACUCCAUAAACAGUUGCAGGAGUUGCUAGAGAAAGGUUUCAUUCGGCCCAGUUACUCGCCGUGGGGAGCUCCGGUAUUAUUCGUGAAGAAGAAGGAUGGCACAAUGAGAUUGUGCAUAGAUUACAGAGAACUCAAUAAAGUGACUAUCAAGAAUAGGUAUCCUCUGCCUAGAAUUGAUGACCUGUUUGACCAGUUGAAGGGAGCGGUGAUUUUCUCCAAGAUUGACCUUCGUUCAGGGUAUCAUCAGCUAAGGAUCAAAGAAGGAGACACCCCAAAAACAGCUUUUAGGUCGCGGUAUGGACACUAUGAAUUUGUGGUUAUGCCUUUCGGCCUAACUAAUGCUCCAGCGGCGUUUAUGGAUCUGAUGAAUAGAGUGUUCAGGGAGUUUCUUGACAAGUUUGUCAUUGUUUUCAUUGAUGAUAUUUUGAUCUACUCAAAGUCUAAGGAGGAGCAUGAAGAACACUUGAGAGAAGUACUGGAGACACUGAGAAAACAUAAGCUAUAUGCUAAAUUUUCAAAGUGUGAGUUCUGGCUUGACCAAGUAGCAUUCCUUGGCCACAUAGUUUCAAAGCAAGGAGUUUCGGUGGAUCCUUCAAAGGUAGCGGCUGUUCGAGAUUGGAGUAGGCCAAAGAAUGCGAAAGAAGUUCGAAGUUUCUUAGGUCUUGCGGGGUAUUAUAGGAAGUUUGUGGAAGGCUUUUCUGCUAUAGCUCUUCCAUUGACUACCUUGACUCGUAAGGGUAAGAAAUUUGAGUGGACUGAUCAUUGUGAGAAGAGUUUCCAAGAGCUGAAAAAUAGGUUGACAUCUGCACCCGUUUUAGCACUCCCAGAAGGCAAUGAAGGGUUUGUUAUCUACACAGAUGCAUCGAAGAUGGGACUUGGAGCAGUUCUUAUGCAGAAUGAACGCGUCAUUGCGUACGCAUCUCGGCAACUCAAGGAGUAUGAGACGAAUUACCCCACCCAUGACUUAGAGUUAGCAGCGGUGAUUCAUGCCUUGAAGAUUUGGAGACAUUACUUGUAUGGAGUCCAGUGCAAGAUCUUCACUGAUCAUAAAAGUCUGAAAUAUAUAUUCACGCAGAAGGACCUCAACAUGAGGCAAAGAAGGUGGCUUGAGCUAGUGAAAGACUACGAUUGUGAGAUCCUUUAUCAUCCGGGAAAAGCCAACAAGGUAGCAGAUGCACUUAGUAGGAAGUCUUCUGCAACAUUAAUGGUUAUGAGGGUAAUGGAUCCAAAGCUGAGGAAGGAAAUUGAAGAUUUUGAGUUAGAGAUUGUAAAUGGGCGACUAGCGGCGAUGACAGUGACUCCGUCAAUAUUUGAGGACAUGGCUAUGAAGCAAGAACUUGAUCCCGAGUUAGUUAAGUUGAAGGAGUGCGUCAAGGAGGGAAAAUGUCCCGAUUUCCGUUUGGAUGAGAGUGGGAGAUUAUUACUUCAAAACAGGGUGUGCAUUCCUGAUGUCGAGGGGUUGAGGAAGCAGGUUAUGAAGGAGGCUCAUGAAACACCAUUCACUAUGCAUCCUGGUUCGACCAAGAUGUACCAUGACUUGAAGAAAAACUUUUGGUGGUCAGGGAUGAAGAAAGAUGUUGCGAAGUUCGUCCAAUCAUGUCUGACAUGUCAACAAGUAAAAGCUGAACAUCAAAGACCAGGUGGGGAGCUUCAGCCUAUCCAGAUUCCAGAGUGGAAAUGGGAUGAGAUAUCCAUGGACUUUAUUAUGGGAUUGCCGAAGACAACUGGAGGUUAUGAUGCUAUAUGGAUUAUAGUGGACAGGUUGACCAAAUCUGCUCAUUUUAUCCCAAUUUCAGCAAGUAUAUCUUUGGAGAAGUUGGCUAAAUUAUAUAUACAGGAGAUUGUUAGAUUGCAUGGCGUUCCAAAGAGUAUUAUUUCUGACAGAGAUUCCAGAUUUACAUCUCACUUUUGGAAGUGUGUACAACAAUCAUUGGGCACGAAGUUGAAGUUUAGUACCGCUUUCCAUCCUCAGACCGAUGGUCAGACAGAGAGGACAAACCAGAUUUUGGAGGAUAUGCUGCGGGCAUGUGCACUAGAUUUUCAAGGAGGAUGGGUGAAAUACCUAAGUCUGGCAGAGUUUGCUUAUAAUAAUAGUUAUCAAGCAACAAUCGGCAUGGCUCCGUAUGAGGCGUUGUAUGGGAGAAGGUGUAGAUCUCCCAUAUCAUGGUAUGAAACAGGAGAAAAGAAGAUACUAGAAGAGGAACUGCAAGGGAGGACUGAGUUGAUAGAUGAGACCUCAGAAGCUAUUAAGACUAUUCGGCAAAGGAUAGAAUCUGCCCAGUGCAGACAGAAAAGUUAUGCAGAUGUUCGGAGAAGGCCUCUAGAGUUCGAAGUGGGGGAUUUUGUUUUCGUGAAGAUAGCCCCGAUGAAGGGUGUGAUGCGGUUUGGAAAGAAAGGAAAGCUUAGCCCAAGAUUCACCGGACCAUAUGAGAUCACUAGACGAGUGGGGAAGGUAGCUUAUGAGCUCGCGCUACCUGAAAAGUUUUCUGGCAUUCAUAAUGUUUUCCAUGUUUCGAUGUUGAGGAAAUACUUUGCUGAUCCGGAGCAUGUUUUGAUACCCCCAACAAUAGAAGUGCAAAAUGAUUUGUCUUACGAGGAGAAGCCAGUACAAAUUCUUGACCGAGAGGUUAGACGUCUCCGGAAUAAAGAGAUAGCUCUAGUAAAAGUGUUGUGGCGAAAUGACAAAGUUGAAGAAGCUACUUGGGAGGUUGAGGAUGACAUGAGGCGGCGUUAUCCUGAGUUGUUCUAAGUUUCGAGGACGAAACUUUUAUAAGGUGGGAGGGGUUGUAACACCCCGAUUUUAGCGAUCUAGUUAUUUUAAUCUUUUAUUUUAUUUAAUCAGUUAAAUAAGAUUAUUUUAUGAAUAAUGUGAUUAUUGUUUGAUUAUGUGUUUCUGGCAGGUAACGUUGAACGGUAAGCUCUAAUAAUUUUAAGUGAAGAAAUAAUUGAUAGUCUUUAUUUUAUUAGUUCACCGUGAAAGUUGAAGUAAAAUUUUCAGUUCGAGUCAGAAGCAUUUUUUUUUAUAUAGACUUCGAAACCCAAAUCAGUUAUUUUGGCCCGAAUCAGUAAUUGGAUUAAAAACCCAAAAAGGAGAUAGUUAUUUAUACACUACCACUCGUAAACCCUUGGUCCGCUCUUUCUUCUCUGCCUUUGAAACUUUCCUUCCAGACCAUCGGACCUAGCCUCUCGACCAGAUUUUAAAGAAGAGCUUACCGGAAGACGUUAUCAAGGUUCCACACUUAUUUGAGUAAUUUGAGUUCAGCUUCCAUCAGAUACUAAGGGUAAGGCCAAGGCCUAGGAAGGCGAUGAGAGAGUGGGACGCGUGCCAAGAUGAGUUAACGGGAACGACCUUGGUGGCUCCUAGCUAGUUCAUUUUAUCGAAGUGUUUCAGUUUUAUAACAAGUGAUUGAUAUUAUUUGAUUUGGUUUUGGAGUAUUUAUUUGGAUUAUUUGAAGUUUGAAUAAAUUCCUGGAUCCAGGUGGUUAUCACAUUUGCUAGUGAUAACUAGACUUUAUUGAGUUUUUUUUAUUUGGAGUUAAAUUUUAGCUACAUUUGAGAUUUUAUCAGGGUUAUUUCUUAAACAAACGGCCGUUAUAUUGCACUUUAUUUUUUAUAAAAGUAGUAUGCUAGUGUAGCGUUUCCUUUAACCCUGAGAGGGGCGUUACAGCCAUACUUUACGAAGAAGAAUUUCUUCAUCUAUCUUUUCGGUUAAGGAGAACAAAGGUUAUAACUAUCAAAUGGAAGAUACCUGAUCUGGAUUACAAACUAAAUGUAGAUGCUUCCUUCCGGUCAGAUGCUGCAUCCGGUGGAGCGGUCUUACGAUCCAGAUCAGGCGAGUUGGUGGUAGCUUUUCAUUUCCCUUUAAUUGCUUCUUCGGCUUUAGAUGCAGAGAUUCAGGCGCUUCAUCACUCGGUGAGUUGGGUGGUUGGAAAAGGUUAUCAGGCUGUGGAGGUGGAGACGGAUUCGGUGAAGGCGGUGGAUGAGGUUUCAGGUGGGAAGCUGGAUGGACGAUGGAUGAAUUUGGUGGGAGAUCUUAGAAGGUGGAGAGAUGGUUCGUGUCUUUCCUUCAGACAUAUUCCGCGUGAGAUUAAUUGGACAGCUCAUUUUCUGUCUCAAAUAAAAUCUAAUGAUCUGGUAUUUUAUUAUAAUGCUGGACAACUUCCUGUUCAUAUUCGACGAAAGUUAAUCGCUGAUAAGUUGGGUUUGUGCUACUUCAGAGCUAUUUAAUUUUAUUCAUGUUACUUUAUUGGGUAAGGUUUGGUCCCCCCAAUAGUUUUAAUUUAUGAUUUUUCAGAUUAUGUCUGUUUUGCUGAAGGGGUUUUGGCCUAGUCCCCCCCUGGAUUUUUGUAAACCUCGUUAUUAAUAAAAUGUGGUAAAUGCUCCCCGGCAUUUACCCCACUGGAUGCGGUGGUUGACCUUCCG